AUGGUGAAGAUGCGCGAAGGUCCCAGUAAGAAUAUGAUAAAGCAGAAGGCACUGAGAAUUCUGAAGCAGAAACGUAUGUACGAGAACCAAAAAUCUCAGCUCGAUCAACAGGCUUUCAAUGUCGACCAAAGCAAUUUCGCUAUCCAGGGGAUGAAAGAUACUCAGGUAACAGUCGCUGCGAUGAAAACAGGGUUGAAGACAAUGCAGAGAGAAUACAAGAAGUUGAAUAUUGAUAAAAUUGAAGACUUGCAAGACCAAAUGGAGGAUAUGUUGGAUAUGAACACUGAGAUUCAAGAAGCAAUGAGUCGGCAGUAUGAUACGCCUGAUAUCGACGAAGCUGAUCUCGAGGCUGAGUUGGCCAUGUUGGGAGAUGAAUUGGAUCUUGGCGAAACAGACACCAACUAUCUUGAUGAAGCCCUUAAUGCACCUGGAGUUCCAGCUUCAAAACCAACCAGCUCCAAGGUAGCAGAAGGCUUGGAGGUUGACGAGUUCGGUCUACCGAAGAUCCCUGCUUGA